ACAUGCGCUACUUCGGGAUGUCAAACUCUUUCAAAAUGGCGUCUCGCUUGGCUGUGGAUAUCGCAAUAGAAAGCCUUUUGGAAAAUGAAGUGGAGGAGAUUUCUAGAGAUGGACAAGAGAAAUAUGUGCCCUACCAUGAUACCUUAACUGAGGUCUGUGCAUUAUCGGAUGUGCUGAAUGUAGUGCGUGACAAGAAAUGCAUGGUGUUGGACCCAGUUUCUCAAAACCAGGUCACGCCUAAAGCUACCCUCUCUCUGAUUACUGAAAAAGAAGGUUUUCUAACCAAUGCUGCAGAUAUUCUGCUGCGAGGAGCACAGAGAAUGGAAGAUGCAGUAAGAGAAAGAGUUGAUCAACACUCAAGCCAGGGAAGCAAUGCGAAAGAUUUUCACUCAGAACUUAUGUUGCUACGAAAAAGAUGGAGGUUAAAAAGAACAGGGGCAUCCAUAAUUGGAGAUUUGACAUACCGCUCAGCUGGUUCCCAGUUUAGAAAUCCAGGUUUAUUUGAAGUCACAAAAGCAGCAAGAGCUGAAGAAAGAACUGAGCAAUCCACUGAAGAUAACAGAGCACUUGAGGUGGCUGUAGGAAGUGAUUUGGAGGGGACAGCAGAAAUCAGAGUUGCUAUUGUUCAGUCUGGAAAAGAGCUAGAAAUUGCCACUGUUAGAGGUUUGAUGAGUGGUUGCUAUGAUAACAUGCCAACAGUCAUCCCAUCCUGGCAACAGAAGCUGGAAUCAGCGCAGUCAAACCUGUUUUGCAAGGAGCUCUUUGUGCAGCUCUCACAAGGAGCUUACAGCACAAAAGAAAACAGACCACACCUUGUGAUGGCAAAUGAAAUUAGAGCUGAGAUUUUUCCAGGGACAGAUCUUUGCAUCACAUACAGUUGCAAAAAAGACAAUUCAGAGCAAAAUAGUAAAAAGUCAGCAGAGAAAGAGAAAGCCCCUCGCGUACAUUCCCUGGAGUAUGCUCUUCACUCUCUUCUCAGAAAGCAGCACCAUCAGACACAGACUCUGGUGACCCCUCGUCCUGUCACAGCAUACCCCAUGCAGGGUGGGAAUAAGAGACUCUGCCUUGCUGGGGCCUCGGCGAUGACAGCAGCUGAGGUAACUCCAUAUCUACAAAGUGAUGGGCUAUUGGAAACUGUUUUGAAUAUUUCAAGGCACAAGGUGCUUCAAAGAAGGUAAGCUCUUGAGUACAGUAAAAAUCCGCAUGUUUACAAGAACCUAUAUUUUAAGUCUAGCAAAAUAGGUUCUUGUAUUUUGGGGGAGUUAUUGGCAAUUUAGGCCAAGUAGGUGCUUAAUUAACAUGUUAAUUUCUGUGAAGGAGAUAUGGUUGUUGAUUACCAGAAACAAUAAAUAAAUGUGGUAUUGGUCCUUGAAUAUGCACUAUUAUUUUAUUCACAACUUUAAGUUUAUUCUCCUAACUUGGUUGAAAUGUUUAUCAUAAUUUAACUGUAACCCACGUAUACAAGAACGUGCGUGAUCUUGUUUGGCUGUACAGGUUCUUAUAUUUUUGGGUACUAAAAUGGCAGAUUUCUGCUAGCAGGUUCUUAAACCACAAGGUUCUUACAUGCAGGUUUUUACUUUACUUGAAAGAACGCAAAAUAAGGCUGAAUGGUUGUAAAUUGAGGAGAGGUGGGAAAACAAUUCUCAAACACAAUACCUGUACUUUCAGAUAAACAUAUAAAUGGUUUGGCCUCAGAAUAUUGCAUUAACAACUGCAUCGCGAAAAUGGAGGUUGGGUUACUGAGACAUCCAGGAGCUUCCACUAUUGGCAGCCAGCUCCUAGAUGAAGAUUGCUCCCAUGGCUGGCAAAUCCUGGCAACCCAGCCAUGAGCCCCCAUGCGGUAAGAGGA